ACGAAACAAUUCAUACUGAUGAAACAAAAAGCUCAUCUAUAGAACGCGCGAAUUCGAUUUCACAGCUACCAAUCUGUACCGUCCAUUACUUUAACAAUUCAUAGCUUUAGCCACAAGACUGCGAAGAAUAAAGUAAACAGACUUGAUAAUCCCCACAAUUAACCUAACCUUCCCAUUAAACUCAGCACUAACCCUACCCUCAAACCCCACCCCAUCAUCAUCAAUCAUGGCACCAUACUUCAAACCCACCGAAAAAUCCCACAUCCUAAAUCUCUGCACGCAACACCACAUCCGCGCCGAAAAACGCACUCCACGAGGAACCUGGAGCAAAAUAAUCCACGCCAUGGAAAGCGAAGCCCAGGAACAUUUCCCCGGCGGACAAUACUUCGAGAUUGAUCCUUGGCCUGUAAGACACUAUCAACCUAAAAAGAUCUCUUGUUUAGCGCUCCGAUGGAUGCGACAAGAGGCGAAGGAGCCGCGCAUUCGGAAGUUGGUUAAGUUGCAGAUGUAUCGCGCGAAUGGGGGGAAAACUUUGACGGAGAUUAUUGAGGAGUCUGUUGUUUCCGGGGUGUCUGUUAGGACGGAUUUUGGUGCUGGUGCUGGGAGGCCUGGGUGGGUGUGAAUUUUUAGGGAGUUGUGGGUUAUGAGUUAUGAGUAAUGAGACUGUUAGUAUCAUUUUGGGUGAUACUAUUCACAUUGUUUGUUUUUCAUUCUCGCUAGCUACACUAUAAGAAAAGGAUCCUAUUUAUAUUAAAGAUAAACACUAGAGUUCACUUGUGGUACGGCUUCAUAGGAGGCUAGUCACAUGACCGUACUUAUAGAGACUUUGAGUUGUUCUGUUUAGCUCGGUGGAUUUAGUUUUGGAUUGAAUCUAGAUUAAGUGCUACAGGAAACGAGUACUAGACAACGACC